CGGUUUUGAUGUCACUCCAGUGUCUGCAUAGCACAAUCACUUUGCCAGUGCUAUCCGCUUCUUUGUAGUAAAGUUAUAUUAUUAUAAAGUGUUCUUCUCUACCUCAGUUGCUACGAGAUGGCGGGAAACUUUUGGCAAAGUUCUCAUUAUCUGCAGUGGGUUCUGGACAAACAGGACCUGAUGAAAGAGCGCCAGAAGGAUCUGAAGUUUCUCUCAGAAGAGGAGUACUGGAAGCUGCAGAUUUUCUUUGCAAAUGUGAUCCAGGCUUUGGGGGAACACCUGAAGCUGCGACAGCAGGUCAUUGCUACCGCAACGGUUUACUUCAAACGCUUCUAUGCCAGGUAUUCCCUGAAAAGUAUAGAUCCAGUGCUCAUGGCUCCUACCUGUGUUUUCCUGGCUUCUAAAGUUGAGGAAUUUGGAGUUGUGUCCAAUACCAGGCUGAUCUCUGCAGCAACAUCUGUGUUGAAAACAAGAUUUUCCUAUGCCUUUCCAAAGGAGUUCCCUUACAGAAUGAAUCAUAUAUUAGAAUGUGAGUUCUACCUUCUGGAGUUGAUGGACUGCUGCCUGAUAGUGUAUCACCCUUACAGACCACUGUUGCAGUAUGUGCAGGAUAUGGGACAGGAAGACAUGCUGCUACCCCUGGCCUGGCGAAUAGUAAAUGACACAUACAGGACGGAUUUGUGUCUGCUCUACCCUCCCUUCAUGAUUGCCUUGGCCUGUCUGCAUGUUGCCUGUGUGGUACAGCAGAAAGAUGCCAGGCAGUGGUUUGCAGAGCUCUCUGUUGACAUGGACAAAAUCCUGGAGAUCAUCCGUGUCAUUCUGAAGCUCUAUGACCAGUGGAAAAAUUUUGAUGACAGAAAGGAGAUAGCUGCCGUGCUCAACAAGAUGCCAAAGCCCAAACCUCCUCCUAACAGUGAAAGUGACCAGAGCUCCAAUGGGAACCAAAGCAACUCCUACAGCCAGUCCUAGCGUGGUGUCUAUAUUUCCGUGGGAAUCCAUAUUUUUGAUUUUAAAAUGUCACACAGCGCAACCUUUUGUGACGUUAGUUGGGAAAAGAAAAAAAAACUCACAUUUCAGCCAACCAAGAUGGUUCCUUCAUCUACGCCCAACAAACUCUUGAGAGCCACAUCUUCACUUUUCCCUUCUGUGAUCAUUAUGGGUUUAUGGAUUUAGCGAGCAACCACUGAAAUGCCUGCAGUGAGCAGCCGAUCUGUGACAACAGUUUUGUUGUCUCAAUGAGGUUCUGUACUCUGCUUCAGACUUGAAAUGAACUCAAAACUCAUGAACAUUUGGAGGUACGGAGAGGGGAGCUGGGAAUGUGGGAACACUGAUAGAACAGAUGUGAUGGUUCAGUAGAAACCUGCUUUAAGGUCAUUGUGAUGAUCCUGACAUCCUUGAACAGCCCAGAGGAGCAAGUCCUUUCAUGUGGAGCUCCGUGGGAGUCGAGAAAACUUGAUCACAAAGUGUGUGUGUGUGUGUGUGUGUGUGUGUGUGUGUGUGUGUGUGUGU